AUGGACAGGUUUAGACAGUUGCCAAUACUUUCCUUUCUCCCAACCAAAGAUGCCGAGGCUACGAGCACUUUGGCAAAACGAUGGCUGUCUCUUUGGACAUUGGUGCCAAGACUUAACUUUGAAGAUCGCUGGGAGCGUAAUGAGGAGAUCAAUGAGUUGCACCGCAAAGUGUUGCCCUCACAUCUAGUCUCAGGGACUUUGCUAUUGAAUAAGUCACCAGUUAUAGAAAGUUUUCAUGUCAGCAAAGCUGCUGAAUGUAGCGCUUCCGAGAUUGAUUUCUGGGUUAGGGUUGCAGUUAAUCGUAAUCUGCGUGAUCUGAAGAUAAGUUUUGUUGAUGGUGUUCAUUGCCUUAUAAGAUUGCCGAGCAGGCUGUUUAGCUGUGAAACACUUGAGACACUGGAACUUCAAAAUGUGGUAUUUUUUGUUUUCUUAACUGUCGUCUCUGUUUUCCUCUUGUUCAACAUAGUUCAUCUCGCAAAGCUUGUUGGUGAGAUAACAUCUUUUGUAAUCUUCCUGAUAUUCUUCGAAGCCUCUAGUUUCCUAGACGCACAUCUUUGGUAA